AUGGGAGAGACGGAGGAUUCCAAUAAACAUGAAGACAAAGGUGAAGUUGAAAAGAAGGCUAAGAAAGAAAAGGAAGAGAAACACGGCCAUGAUGAUGUAAAAGAAGAUAAGGGAGAGGAGAAAAAGAAGGACAAGGACAAGAAAAAGAAAGACAAGGAUGGUAAGGAGGGCAAAGAAGGUGGAAAGGAGAAGAAGGAUGAUGAUGCAAAAGAAGAGAAGGGAGAGGAGAAAAAAAAGGAUAAGGAUAAGAAAAAGAAAGACAAGGAUGGUAAGGAGGACAAAGAAGGUGGAAAGGAGAAGAAGAAAAAGAAUCCUGAAGAUAAGAAAGACCCUGCAAAACUGAAGCAAAAGCUUGAAAAGCUUGAUUCCAAAAUGCAGGCACUGGUGGCCAAGAAAGAAGAAAUUUUGAAACUGCUAAAAGAAGUUGAACAAGGUGCCCCAAAUGCAAGUGAAGCAUCCGGCCCCCCCACCACCUCCUCUUGAGGCUAGUCUAUGUCCCUUAUGUGAAAAGUGCAAAUGCUUCAUUAGGAAUUUUUAGUCUGUAUAUGAUUUUUGUGAA